CAACCUUAGUGCGAGUAACCUAACCUAACCUAACUUAGACGACGGGGCCAGACAUGGUGAUUUUUUCCAGUCGCAUCUAAGUAGAAGACGUGUGAUAUUCUGUGAAGGGUAGCGGCACCGGAACAGCUGUUCACAUCGUCGGCCACCCUCGGCUAUCUGCUGCCAUUAGCGUAAUCCUACAAAGUAUUCUGAGAGCUACGUGAUAAGAUCGGUAGCGAUGACCGACGCGUCGAAUUUACCGGGUGCCUCCACGAGCCAGAGAGCGAUAUCGAGGAUGCUGAGGCAACGUGCACAGGAGUUCCUUGCCUCGCGGAAACACGCGAACAACCUGGUGGACAUAAUCAGCCACUGGGAUGAGUCCACUUGUCCAUGCCUGCUUACGGUAGAGACGAUAUUUGUGGAAGUGCUGAAGCGCGGCGACAUGUAUGUCGAACAUGCAGUAACCCUUACCAUUUCAGAACCUAGUCCAGAAUCUCGUUAUACUACUUGGUUAAAAAAUUGCUAUGAGGAAGUUUGGAAGAAAAUAUUAGCAACUAUGGAAAAAAGUCGAUUAGCUAUUCAAGUACAAGCCCUUACAACUGCAAUGAAACUGAUGGCGGAAGAAGGCAAAGCACCAUUAGAACCGCGUGAUAAUUCGGGAUAUCAUUUUCCCCUGCAUCGUUUGAAACCUAUUCUCAUGACUCUAUUGUCUCCCGAAAAGGACAAUAUUAAUUUAAUAUCGAGAUUUCAAGAAAUCACCUAUUAUCCUGAUGCUUUAUAUUACACAUGGCGAUGCCUGCCUUCUCUCACUCCAAAAAGACAACCAAAAGAAGUUUAUAUUAAAAAUCUGUUGGAGCUUAUAGAUAAAAUACCACUGCCAAAAGAGGAAGAAGUAUCUAAAAUGUCGGAUAAUAAAGAACUUUUAUGUGGACCGCAACAAGAUGCUGCAUUUACAUGGGAUCAAUCAAACGUUAAACGCGCGUUAAAUAAGGUCUGGGCCUGUGUUAUGCACUGGGAAUUAACGCCACACUUACAUAAACAGUUGUUAAUAGUAUUAUUGGAACGAGUCAUGUCACAUUUAGAAAAACCAGUAUUGUUAACUGACUUUCUGAUGGACUCGUUAGAUGUGAAUGGUCCCAUCGGUGUACUCGCAUUGCAAGGCGUAUUCAUACUCGUCACCAAACACAACUUAGAAUAUCCGAAUAUUUUCACUAAGUUGUAUUCGAUGUUCGAGCCUGAAAUUUUUCAUACGAAGUACAAGGCCCGUUUGUUCUACUUGUCAGAUCUAUUUCUUAGCUCAACACAUCUGCCGGAAGCGUUAGUAGCAGCGUUUGCGAAGCGACUUGCGCGUUUAACAUUAGUCGCGCCACCGGAGGAUAUUUUGAUAAUUCUGCUUUUUGUGGGCAAUCUGUUGCUCCGACAUCCAGGGCUAAAGAGGCUAAUUGAUCAUCCACAAGGCGGCGAGGCCCCACCAUCGAGUACUGGAGCAGGUGAUCCAUUUUUGAUGGAAGAGCGCGACCCAUUGCUGAGCAAUGCGUUGCUCAGUAGUCUUUGGGAAAUUCGAGUAUUGCAGUCACAUAUUUUACCCAGCAUCGCCACCGCAGCGCGUUUUAUUCAUGAACCAUUGCCCUCGGUCGAGUACGACAUGGCAUCAGCAUUAGAGCGCACUGGUGGUCAUCUCUUCGAAAACGAAUUAAAGACCAAAGUCAAAGAUAUCAUGCUGACAUUCGAGAGGCCGACCUCUAUGGCACUACCGAAGGGAGAGAAAUUAUUGCAAUAUUGGCAGAUUACACAUUGAUCCUAUACAUAGUGUGAUUACGAUGCCGAGAGUGCAAUAUAUCGUAAGAAAAGGUCUGUUAUUGUCGGCGUCAUCGAUGAGGUAUGAGCCAAGGAUGACGUUAGAGUUUCGAGUGAAGAAUAAAGACUUUUUGUGUUUUAUAUGGCAUAUCUACAAUGCGAAAGAUGACAGCAUAUUUUUCUGCGGCGUUGAGCAUCUACGCUUAAAAAUAUUUAAAUCGCUUUAUGUAUAAUUUAUCAUGCAUACAACCAAGAAAAACUGGAUA